AUGCACCUGACUCCGGCCAGAAGGUCAGUUACACGAGUCGCAGCCAGAGAGACCGAGGGGCUUUAGCAAGUGUGGGGGCUACGGAACUAUCUGCCUGGAUCUAUAGCCGGAACCUUCUAUCCCACUAGAUUGCGCGGCUUCGCCAUGAAUGUGGCCCCCUGCGCCCGCUGCGGAUUUGGGGUUUACCCUGCCGAGAAGAUCAGCUGUAUAGACCAGACAUGGCACAAGGCUUGUUUCCACUGCGAGAUCUGCAAAAUGAUCCUGACCGUAAAUAACUUUGUCAGUUUCCAGAAAAAGCCCUUCUGCCAAGCGCACAACCCCAAGCUGAACACUUACACCAGCGUGUAUGAAACCCCAGUGAAUAUCCAUGUGAAGAAGCAGUCGGAGGCAGUGAGUGAGAUCAAAUAUAGAGAGGAAGGGGAGAGAUUCAAGUCAGUGUUUCACUGGGAUAUGAAGUCCAAAGAACACCAGCAGCACAGUAAAGUGGAAAAGCUGAUCAGUCAGAAAGGGUUUGAAGAAUCGGAAAUGUGGUACUCGGAUAUCAAUUCGGAGACGGUGCAGGUGGAGAAGUCCCAGAAGACAAUAAGCAAUAACACAGAGCAAUCGGAGCAGCAGACGAGGAAAGGCAGCUUCCCUGCCACAAUCACUCCUGCGUAUCAGGCAGCCAGGAAGGCCGGGAGUUUGGCAAGCAAUGUGGAAUAUAAACGGGGCCAUGAAGAGCGCGUCUCCCAGUACACCUCCGUGGUGGACACCAAGGAUAUUUUACAUGCCAAGGCAGGGGGGCAACUUGUAAGCGACGUCAAGUACACAGAGCAGCAUGAAGGGCAGAGAGGGAAGGGGAGCUUUCCAGCCAUGAUCACCCCAGGAUACCAGAUGGCAAAGAGGGCAAAUGAACUGGCAAGUGAUAUUAAAUACCAUCAACGCUACGAGAGAGAGAUGAAGGGGAAAGCCAGCCAGACAGCCGUGACAGAUGUGACUUCUGCCAAACAAAAUGCAGAUCAGUUGGGCCAGGAUUACACCGAGGAAUAUGAAGAAUACAGGGGGAAGGGGAGUUUUCCCGCAAUGAUAACGCCGGCCUUUCUCAAUGCUAAAAAAGCCAAUGAAAUUGUCAGUGAUAUCAAAUACAAGAAGGAUCUAUCCAAGAUGAAAGGCGCCGCUCAUUAUCACUCUUUGGCCUCCGAGGACAACCUGACCCUGAAACAGGCCCAAAAUGUCAACAAGCUGGUCAGCGAGGUGGAGUACAAGAAAGAUCUGGAACACAGCAAAGGGCACAGCAUUAACUACUGUGAGACGCCCCAGUUCCGAAACGUCAGUAAAAUCUCCCAAUACACAAGUGAUCUGAAAUACAAAGAGAAAUAUCAAAACCAGAUGAAGGGUCAUUAUGAAGGUGUCGGCAUGGACAAGCGAACUUUGCACGCCAUGAAGGCUGGAAAUCUUGCCAGCAAUAUCGCCUACAAAUCAGACUACAAGGAUGACAAUGUGAAUGCUGAUUAUAAUUACCCGGCGACGCUGACACCUUCCUACGAAACCACCAAGAAACUGACUUGUCUGAAAGACGUCAACUAUCGGCAGAGCAUCGACAAGCUGAAGUACAGCUCGGUGGCCAGCACCCCCCAAAUGCUCCAAGCCAAAGUCAAUGCCCAGCAGCUGAGCAAUCUGAACUAUCGCUCAGAAUAUGAGAAGUCCAAGACCCAUUACACCCUCCCGCAGGAUGUGCCGGAACUGGUGAAAGCCAAAUCCAACGCGGAGCUGUAUAGUGAGAAUAAGUACAAAGAAGGCUGGACCAAGUCCAAGGGGCAGGGGUUUGAGCUGAGCCUGGACUCCCUGUCUAUUCUGGCCGCCAAGGCUUCCCGCGACAUCGCCAGCGACGUUAAAUACAAAGAGGAGUAUGAGAAGGGCAAAGGCAAAGCGGCCGCAACCUCCGACUCCCACCUGCUGCACUCGCUCCUCGUGGCCAAGAGGGACAGUGAGAUCGCCUACAAGAAGGGCUUCCAGGAGAGCAAAACCCAGUUCCACCUGCCCAUGGAUAUGGUGAAUCUGUCCCACGCCAAACAGGCCCAAGCGCUGGCCAGCGACCUCGACUACAGGAAGAAGCUCCACGAAUACACGGUCCUGCCCGACGACAUGAAGGUCCAGUGGGCCAAGAAAGCCUACGGUCUCCAGAGUGAGAGACGCUACAAGUCAGACCUCGAUUGGAUGAAAGGGGUCGGAUGGAUGGCGGAAGGGAGUCUCAAUGUGGAACAGGCCAAGAAAGCCGGGGACCUGGUUAGUGAGAGAAAGUACCGGCAGAAAGCGGACUCGCUCAGGUUCACCAGCGUCGCCGACACCCCGCACAUCGCUCACGCUAAGAAGAGCCAAGAGCUGCAAAGUGAUAUUAUUUACAGGUCGGGGCUGGAGGACCUUCUCCAUCAUUAUACAAUAAGCAAAGAUGAGCCGGUCUUCCUGCAGGCGCGGAGCAACGCCGCCAACCUUAGCGAGCGACUGUACAAGAGCAACUGGAACCAACAGAAGGAAAAGGGCUUUGAGCUGCGACUCGAUGCCUUGUCCAUUCUCACAGCCAAAGCCAAGAGGGACCUCGCGAGUGAUAUAAAGUACAAGGAAAGUUAUGAGAAGACCAAGGGGCGACUGAUUGGGGUUCAGGGAGCGGAGGGGGACUCCCAGUUGUCCCAUUCUCUCCAAAUGACCAAGCUGCAGAGUGACCUUCAGUACAGGAAGGGAUUUGAGGAGUCAAAGACUAAAUAUCACCUCUCUAUGGACAUGUUGGACUUGGCCCGUGCCACCAUGGCACAGAGUCUGGCCACCGGGCGCGGCUACAGGACGCUGCUCCAUCACUACAGCUCCCUCCCCACCGACAUGAAAGUGGAAUGGGCCAAGCAGGCCUACAACCUUCAGAGCGACAACCAAUAUAAGUCCGACCUGCGGUGGAUGAGGGGAGUCGGCUGGAUGACGGCAGGUUCGUUGGACGCGGUACAGGCCAAGAAAGCAGCGGCGCUGGCCAGCGAGAAACGGUACCGGCAGUCGCCCUCGGCGCUGAAGUUCACCAGCAUUAAGGACACCCCCGAGAUGGUCCAAGCGAGGAUCAGUUAUAACCAGGCUGUCGACAGUAAAUACAAGGAACAAGGGAAGAGCGUGAAGCACCAUUACACCCCCACUGCCGAACUGCCGGAAAUCCUACAGGCAAAACUGAAUGCCAUGAACCUGAGCGAGACGAGAUACAAGGAGUCGUGGAGCCGACUGAGAGACGGGGGCUACAAACUCAAACUGGACGCCAUUCCUUUCCAGGCGGCCAAGGCGUCCAAUGAGAUCAUAAGCGACCACAAGUACAAGGAGGAGUUUGAGAAGGUGAAAGGGAAGAUGAUUGGCCUUCGCCGGCUGGAGGAUGAUAUAAAUAUCGCUCAUUCCGUCCGUGCCGCCUCCCUGCUCAGUGAUGUUCAGUACCGGAAGGGCUUUGAGACGACUAAGACGCAGUUCAAGCUGCCGAUGGACAUGAUACACCUGACCCAUGCCAAGAGAGCCCAGUCGUUGGCCAGUGGGCAGGACUAUAGGCACGCGCUGCACCAUUACACCGCCCUGUCCGAUGACGUGAGGCUGCUGGCGGCUAAGAAGGCGCAUGAACUCCAGAGCGAGAAACUCUACCGCUCCGACCUGAGCUUCAUGAGAGGGGUGGGGUGCAUCACCCCCGGGGCCCUGGACAUUGAGGAAAGAAAGAGAGCCACUCAGCUGAUCAGUGAGCGUAAUUACCGGCAGCGGCCGCAGAGCCUCAAACACACCGCCGUGGCCGACUCUCUGGAUAUCCUUCAUGCCAAAUUCAGUAACAAGGUAACCAAUGAGCGCCUGUACAAGGCUGUGGGGGAAGAUGCUCUGCACCACUACACCGCCAUCUUGGAUUUGCCUGAGCACCUCAGGGCCAAGCUGAACGCAGCCAAUCUCAGUGAUAUAAAAUACAGGGAAUCCUGGCUGAAUACGAGGGCCCGGGGCCACACACUGACCAUGGAAGCGAUUCCAUUCCAGUCGGCCAAGUCUUCCGCAGACAUCGCCAGUGAUUAUAAAUACAAGCACAACUAUGUGACGGAGAGAGGGAAGCACAUCGGGUCGCGGAGCGUUCUGGACGACCCCCAGAUGCUGCACUGCCUGCGCGUGGCCAAGAUACAGAGCGACCAGUUGUACAGGAAGGACUCCCAGGACCUGCGGUCCCAAUACCAUCUGCCCAUGGACAUGAUGAAUCUGGCGCAGGCCAAGAGGGCCCAGGCGCUGGCCAGUGAGCAGGACUACAGGCUGAGGCUCCAUCACUACACGGCCGACUCGCAGGACAUGAGGCUUCAGUGUGCCAAGCGGGCAAAUGAGCUGCAGAGCGAGAGGCGCUACAAGUCGGAUUUACUGCACACGCGGGGAGUGGGCUGGGAGGCCGCAGGAUCCCCCCACAUCGAGGCAGUGAAGAAGGCCGGGGAGCUAAUAAGUGAGAGUAAGUACCGGCAGAACCCGGGCUCCAUGGCUUUCACCUCUGUGCAGGACUCCCCCGACCUGCUCCAUGCCAAGAGCAGUUACCUGCAGUGCAAUGAGAGACUGUACAGAUCUGGGGACUCUGGAUCGUUGCACAGAUACACCCUGCCUCCUGAUCACCCCGACUUUAUCCGAGCUCGUAUCAACGCCUCCCAGAUCAGCGAUAAAGCCUAUAAAACCUCGUGGGAGCAGUCGCGGGCCGCUGGGUACGACCUGAGACUCGACGCCAUUCCCUUCCAAACCGCCAAGGUGUCCAGGGAGAUCGCCAGCGAUUUCAAGUACAAAGAAGCCUUCAUCAGGGAGAAGGGGCGGCAGAUUGGGUUCCGCAGCAUCAGCGACGACCCCAACGCCCAACACGUCCUGAGGGUCAGCAAACUGCAGAGCGACAGGGAGUACAAGAAGCUGUCGGAGGAGAGUCGCCCCCGAGUCAGAACCAACCUGGACCAACCGGGUUUCAUCCAAGCCAAAAAGAGCCAGGAACAAGCCAGCGACAUCCACUACCGGCAGCACUUGCACCGCUACACGUGUGACCCCCAGCAGCUAGCCAUGACACACGCCAAGCAAGCCCACAGCCUGCAGAGCGAUAUUAAGUACAAAUCAGAUCUGAACUGGAUGAAAGGGGUUGGUUGGACCCCCCCUGGCUACUACAAAGUAGAACUGGCUCGCCGGGCGGCCCAACUGUCAUACGGAGAUGGCACAGAGUCAGACCGGGCGUCAGUGUCUCCUUAUUCAGCAGACGAGACGGGGUACCAGUCCCCACACAGCGAUGUUAAUCCCGAUGCCUCCGAGAUCCUUCAGGUGAAGAGGAAGAAAAUUCUGGCAAAAAAAAAAUGAACAUUUGGUGCCGGUCCGAUCGCUUGGGAAUUCCCCGGGGCAGAUAGAAAGGAACGGGGCAGCUCCUGCUAUGUUUGUGUGUAACUCAGGGUAUUUAUCAUGACUGCCUGGGUUAUUCUGCCCCCGUGCACAAGGAACGUCCUAAACUGCCCCCCCUGCUUUGCCCUACUUUGGGCCACCGCAGGAGGCAGAAUGUGGUAGAAUGUGUGGGGGUUCUAUAUAAUAGUAUUACUAGUGGGGAACUAGUCAGUUAUGCUGUUAAUGCCACAUAUAAACUGCCCCCCUUGGUUUCUUUACAUUUAAUUGCCCCCCCAGUGUAGUUUAAUAGCAUUUCCUUGACUGGUAGUGUUUCCAUUGUACCGGGAUCGCCGGUGAGUCUGACCUUGCAGAGCCGACACCCCCCUGUGUUUGUUUGUCACGUAUAUCGGAGCUCGAGCGACUGCAGGAUCAGUUUUUAUACACGAGAUUUGGGCUUCUUUGUAGAAUCGUUUGUACGGAAUAAACGCGACUCCAUUCGA